AUGCGCCGGUUCGCCAGGGCGUUUCUGAACGCCGUCGAUGAGUUCGGCAGUAUGGACCGCGUCCAGUACGCCCGAGUCCACGACAUCAUCGGCCCCAACGCCGUCUUUGUCGAUCACGUUCCCGACUUUGACGCCCACAACGAGGUCUACUCGGCCGGCAAGACUGUCCUCAUCGAAUUCGAUAAUCCCUACAUCAAAAGUCUUCCGACCAUCAUGGCCGUGCGGGAAAAGGCUCCCGGCGGCGGCGGGGGCUUCCAGGAGAGGCGGGUACGCGAGACCUACACCGACGCCUACACCCUGGAGCUGGAGGAGCUGUAUUGGUGCGUCGUCGAGGCAAGGAGCAAGACGAGCGUGGCCGACGCUAGAAGGGACGUCGAGCUGUUCCAGAUGAUUUUGCGAGCGGGGGCUGCAAAACUUGAGGGUAGUGCAUAGCCUUGAGUACCCUCUACCGCACCUGCAAAUUUGUAUUAUGCGCCACGAACGUCACCCUCUUGGCAAUAAAUACUAUCUCAGAGUAC